GUCCCAGUGGAACAAAUCAUUUUAAAGCUCAUUUCCAGAUGAACAAUCUUAUGUCACUCCUGACCAUCUCCACAUCUGAAACACAAAGUGGAUCGUUAUCUUGUGAAAACUGCACCAGUAACGAUGCUGCCAAAGGAAGAUGUUCUGACUGUUGUGUGUUGCUGUGCGAUUUCUGUCUUAAAGCUCACCAGAGAUUCAAAGACACGCAAGAACACAAGAUCAUGAGCCUUGAAGAAGUCAAAAAACAAGGUGCUCCAGCCAUGACACAACAAGUUAAAUGUGACAAACACAAAGGUGAAGUCAAAAAGCUUUACUGUGAAUCCUGUCAGCAGUUGAUUUGUCGUGACUGCACCAUCAUCGACCAUCGUGAACACCAGUUUCAGUUUAUAGAUGAAGUGGCUGGAAGGUUGACUGAGAAUCUAAAAUGUAGCGCACAAAAUGCCGUUCAAGCUAGGUCCAAGGUGGAGGGGACAAGAAAAACGGUAAGAGAGAUGAAAGAGAAGAUCAAAACAAAAUGCGACAAUACUUUAAAGGAAAUUGAAGAUGCUGUCCAAGAGCAAAUUGCUUUUUUGAUGAAUAAAGAGAAAGAACUUAAAGAAGAAGUUAAGCGAAUUGCUGAUAACAAGACGAAGGUUCUUGAUGAACAAGACAAAGAGCUUACCCAAAAAUUGAAUGGACUUGACAAUUCCAUUCAAUUCACACAAAAAGUCCUGCAGGAUGGUAACAAUAUCAAUAUUUUGUCUGUAUCGUCUGAAGCCAACAGUCGCUUGGUGACAUUGACAAAUCAGGUGCCUUACAUAGAAAACCAACCUCGUGAACAAGAUGACUUCAGUCUCCAACAUGACCGCGACAAUUUCCAAAGCACUGUAGAAAAUGGAAUGAAAAUCAUCAUUUGUAAUGGGUGGGGCGAACGUACGGUAUCUCACUUGCAAGAUCAUCUUCUUGUUGAAGAACACAUAGAUGACUGGGAUGAGUCGAGGGAUGAGGGUAAUGGGUGGGACUUCAACCCUACGGGAUCACUUAUUGAAUUUGAACAAGAUGUAGAAGAGGGUAGGCAGUUUGUGGGUAAUAUGUAUUGUUGGGACGACCCGCGGGUACCGUAUGAACAAAGCAAUGUAUAUUUUGGAAAUUAUAAAUAUAACAAUGCACAAGUACCCAAGCAAAAGAAAAAGCAAAAGAGUCGUCAACGUGGAAGAAUAGGAUAGCGGCGUGCACUUUUUACUUGUAACUGAGUCAGAGGGCUGCAUGAACUUGACUCAAAAAUACAAUUCGAUUGAGUAAAGCCGCGAUAAUUCACAAUCCACAUUCGAUAAUAUUUCCGUUUCCUAGCCAAGCGCAAAGAACGCGAGACAAAUCUAUAAAAUAAUCUUUUUUUCCCGUAGCAUCGUCCUCAGUUUUUCUUUGUUUUUUGCUUGACCAUUCAACUGGAAUAUUGAGAAUGGGCUAUUAGUCACCCAUGUGGUUGUGAUUUGAAAUCAAAAGCAAGAGUAGAUUAAAACAUUUUUAUUGUCAAACAUUUUUUGUAUACGUUGUAACAUAACUGGCUACUUUUCUGGAUAAUAAUUGUUACAGCAAACAUUGCCUAGUAUAAAAUAAACUCACCCAAUUCCUCUUAAGUGGGACGAAUUUGUUAAUUUUGUAUUA